AUGGAGAAUUCACGGGAGACCCGCAGGGCACUAAAGCUCGUUAUCCCAAAACGAAUUUUGCGAACUUCAGGGAAUGUGACAUGCGGUAACGAGGUAUCGUCUUUUACCUUGAGCAAUGGCGACUCUGAGGGUAAGGCUGAAGUCAUCUUUGACUAUGGCCGAUGCGAAGGCGGCUUUCCCGCCUUUACCAUUGAGUCUGCAUCAGCGCCCGAAGGACAGCAACAAGUCGCGUUCCAAGUCACCUACAGUGAGACUAUAGAGGGGAUUGACAACGAGAAUGGCGACGGCCCGUUCUUCUUAUUCUCCAACGCUAUGGACAGCUAUCGAGUCUGCCAUCAUCACGCCAGCGUAACCAACGAUACCCAAACCGUGAAACCUCGAGCCACUCAAGCAUCCCAGAGGUUUCAAAAGAUCACCUUGCUCGACUCAAAUACGAGCAUUGUGUUCUCCAAGGUCGGCUUCCAAGCCGUGCGUCCUGAUGCUACCGUCAAAGCCAACUUCCACUGUUCUGACGAAACCAUCAAUCGCAUCUGGAGAGAUGGUGUUCGAACAGCUGACUUGUGUACCGUCGAUAGAGAAGAGACUGUUCCAGCAUGGGAUGUUACUGACGAGGGCAACCGUGUUUACGGAAGCCAUUGGGCCCCGUGUCGCCAGGGUACGAGAUGGAAGGACUACAAGGUCACGUUCCAGACAAAGGUUGAGGAACACGGUGCGAGUUGGGCUGUUCGUAUGAUCACCAACGGACUGAUAUUAUGCUUGGAUACUAGGAGUAGAAUGUUGACAGCCGUUGAGGGACUCUCGAACAAAUCAUCUAUCUUACCUUCAAUCGAAAGAGGGUCAUGGCAGCUUCCUGACAGCAUCGACCUCUCUGGAUGGGUGAACAUUGAGACGCUAGCGGUGGGAGAUCGCGUUACUGUCACUAUUGGAGGCAAAGAGGUUGCUACUGUUAGAGACAUUUACGUCAAGGCAAUGCUUGGAAACGGGCUUGUCAACACUGGUUCUGUCGCAUUUGGUGGACCCCCUGGCUGGGUUGCACUCUACCGAGAUCUAUCAGUCGCAGAUCACAACGGACAGAUUCUCUACGAGAACUCGCUGUUACAGCCUGAUGCUAGUCGUACGUUCGAUGACUUCCAGGUUGGAACAAACAAACUCGCCUGUAUUAUCGACGGCGCCAAGCGAGAUAGAGCUUCCUUUGGCGGCGAUGCCUUUGUCACGGGCCGUUCGAUCGCAUACUCCACCACCGACUUCGAGGCAUGGAGAGGCACCAUUCAGCUCCUUCUGAGUCACCAAACUAAGGAAGGGUAUCUUGGCAACCUCUGUCCCAUCCAGGCCCCAGAGCAUGAUGGUACAGAGGACCCGCCGCACUACGGCCACUACUCGUUGACAUAUGCACUGCUAUUGGUCGUCUCGAUCAAGGACUACUGGCUACACUCGGGCGACUGGUCUCUCGUAGAGAAGUCAUACCGUCAACUUCAAAGACAGAUGGAGUUUACGAGGGGGUUCUUGAACUCUGAUGGGUUGGUACAAGCACCGCCAUAUCUCUCGAUGACGUGGUUCCCUAUGGGUGGCCCUGUUUUUGGUGUCUCAACCGGACUGAACCUUGCCUACUUGGAUGCCCUCAACGCCAUGGCAUCAAUGUCCAAGGACAGUGAAACUGCAUCUCAAUAUUCCUCCCAAGCAGCCACUUUGACGGAGUCCUUAAUCCGUAGACUUUGGAAUGAUGAGCAAGGCACCAUACGACCUGCUCUAUCUCUAGACCGCGAUGGUGUCUUCCAAGAUGUCAACGCGUAUGCGGCGACUCUGGGCGUAUGCCCAGACCAUCCAAAAUUGGUAGAAGGCAUAUUCCCAGCCAGUGAAUCUUUACCCUCCGUAUUCCGAGGUCUCGAAAAAUGGGACAAGUUUGGACUUACCAGUCCCUACGCAUCUGGCUUUGCACUAGAAGCUCUGCUCGCUAAGAACGAGGGCAUAAAAGCAAGAGAGCUGUUAUCUCAGGUAUGGGGUGUCAUGGCGGACCAGGAUAGUCCGAACUACUCUGGGGCUCACUGGGAGGCCAUGAAAACUGACGGUUCGCCUUUCAAUCAUGACGUAUCGCUGGCUCACGGAUGGUCUUCAUGGCCAGUGUUUCUGCUACCACGGUACCUUGCUGGAGUAUAUCCUCUUGAAGCUGGCUGGAAGAGGAUUGGUGUCGAGCCUGUUCUUGCAGGUUUGGAAGAGGUGGCAUACUCACUCGAGACUCUGCAAGGGUCAUUUUCGGUGGUAGUGCUUGUGAGCGAGAAGCAGGGACAAGGCAGCAUUAAGCUGUUGGUACCUCAUGGUAGUACUGCCGUAGUCAAGGCUCCGAAGGGCUGGAGCUUGGAGAAUGAUGGUAUUAUUCAAGGCUCUGGAACAGAGAUAUCUGUAAAGCUGUUAAAGCAAGGCCUAUAG